AUUUGUCUGAACACCAUGGUUGAUAACAGGCUGGUUAUGGUAUCUAAUUGUGGGGAUCUGUUUCAUCUUUUCAGCCUUAAAUUCUUUCUGAUAUAGGUAUCUCUGUAUGAAUGGGUCAUACAGGUAAACAUUAUUUGGGAAGCUGUAUCUGUAAUAAUUGUUUUACAUUCUAUAUCUGUUACUCUGUUAGCUUCCAACAUGUCAGACAAUAUGUGUUGUAAAAUCUGUAUUACAGAAAUGGCCUUCAAAUUUUCCUACAAAUCCUGAAGCUAUGAGUAUACCAUUUUAAAAAUGGUUAACAUUUUUAAAUAGUAAUUUGACACUUGCUUUUUUUUUCAUUCACAGCAUAUAGCACUUUCUAUAUUGUUGGGUUAAUAUUAUCCAUGCAGAUACCUUUUGUUGGAUUUCAGCCAAUUAGGACAAGUGAGCACAUGGCAGCUGCAGGUGUGUUUGCUCUUUUGCAAGCCUAUGCUUUCCUGCAGUAUUUGAGAGACAAACUAACAAAGCAAGAAUUUCAGGCGUUAUUCUUCUUAGGUAUAUCAUUGGCUGCUGCAAUUGUAUUCCUGAGCGUUAUCUAUUUAACAUACUCAGGUUACAUUGCACCAUGGAGUGGCAGAUUCUAUUCAUUAUGGGAUACUGGGUAUGCAAAAAUUCACAUCCCGAUCAUUGCCUCAGUGUCUGAGCAUCAGCCUACAACUUGGGUUUCCUUCUUUUUUGAUCUACAUAUUCUCGUCUGUACUUUCCCAGCAGGCCUGUGGUUCUGCAUCAGAAAUAUCAAUGAUGAAAGAGUCUUUGUGGCUUUGUAUGCAAUCAGUGCUGUUUAUUUUGCUGGAGUGAUGGUUCGCCUGAUGUUAACUUUGACUCCAGUGGUUUGUAUGCUGUCAGCUAUUGCUUUCUCCAGUGUUUUUGAACACUAUUUGGGUGAUGAUAUGAAGAGAGAAAAUCCUCCAAUAGAAGACAGCAGUGAUGAAGAUGAUAAAAGAAAUCCAGGAAAUCUUUAUGAUAAGGCAGGUAAAGUGAGGAAACACAUAUCUGAGCAGGAAAAAACUGAAGAUGGUCUUGGGCCCAAUAUAAAGAGCAUUGUCACAAUGUUGAUGCUAAUGCUGUUGAUGAUGUUUGCUGUUCACUGUACAUGGGUAACCAGCAAUGCCUAUUCUAGUCCAAGUGUUGUCCUGGCUUCUUACAAUCAUGAUGGUACUCGGAACAUUUUGGAUGACUUUAGAGAAGCAUACUAUUGGCUAAGGCAAAAUACAGAUGAACAUGCCAGAGUAAUGUCUUGGUGGGAUUAUGGCUAUCAAAUAGCUGGAAUGGCAAAUCGAACGACUCUAGUUGACAAUAACACUUGGAAUAACAGCCACAUUGCUCUGGUAGGCAAAGCUAUGUCCUCAAAUGAGACAGCAGCAUACGAGAUCAUGAAAAGCCUGGAUGUGGAUUAUGUAUUAAUAAUUUUUGGAGGUGUAAUUGGCUAUUCUGGUGAUGAUAUUAACAAAUUUUUAUGGAUGGUAAGGAUAGCAGAAGGAGAACAUCCUAAAGAUAUUAGGGAAAGUGACUACUUUACUCCACAAGGAGAGUUUAGAGUUGAUAAAGUAGGAUCUCCAAUCUUGCUGAACUGUCUUAUGUAUAAAAUGUCAUACUACAGAUUUGGAGAAAUGCAGGUUAGUCUCAUGUAUUCAGGUGCAGCCUUAAUAGUAAUGCUUCUUCACAUUCUAUGUGUAUCCCUGAUAAUACAUUCCACAACUAUUGUGCUUGCUUAAAAUUAUUAUUAGGCCUUUCUAUAAUUGAUAAAAAUGAAGAGCUAUCUUAAGUAGUCCUAAAAAGGGAAAGAAAUAAAUCUCUUCCUUGUAAUGAAGGAUAAGCAUGCAAGCCCACAGAAUAUUUUCUGUAUCAAUCCUUUUACCAACUGUA